UCCCCCGCUGCCUCCGUCUCUCCUCCCAUCCCUCGCCUGCGCGCUCCGUGCCGUUUUAUGCCGAGCACAAGGCACACACAGAUGUAAGUUUAAUCCAGGCAACAGAAAAAGCUGGGAAAUGAAUCCUACCCCGUUCUUAUUUUUUACUUUUUUUUUUUACUGACGUGCAACUGUAGUCAGAAGAAUUUUCAUCAAUCAGCGCGGAUGUAAAGGUGGACUURGAGAUGAAAACCUGCUGCUGGAACUGUGUGGCGUGUUUUAUUCACUCCAUCAUCUCUUUGUGUGGAUCUAGUCGUUGCCACUCUUAAGGCUUGGCUACAAGAGGGUCUUUUUUUUUGGUUUGUUUUUCUUUUAGAGAAAACUGCAGGACUACGACAGUUUUCCUUCAUCUUCACAUUAAACAGAAGGACGAUUGAAUGAAUCAAAAAGAACACAAUUCUAUGCUCAUUAUGCACAGUUUAACGCUUUUGAUUUUUGUUUUUCGCAGUUAGUUGGACUUCAUGUCUCUAACUCAGUGAUUGCAGUUUUACUUGACGCCAGCUCAGAGGAAAAAGCAACAAUGUAGUCCAGGGGUUUGGACUUUCUCGGACAGGAUUUCUACCUGAUCAGUGAUCCGUCACUCUUUGCGAGCAAAAAACCGCCGUGGAGGGAUUACUGACAGUCUCGCAGCGUUCGCCUCGAUUUGGAGCAUCCUUCAGACUCAAUUAGUACACGUUCUGGGGAGGGUCCUCACACUCUCUGCCUUGGGGGAGUUUUUUUCUGUUUUUAUUCAGAGGAGAAUUUAAUCAGAAAGGACCUUAAUUCAGCCCGAAGCCAGGAUGCAGGUGUCGUUAGUGUGCACAGAUCACCGCGGGGGGGUGAGCCGCAACACAGAGGACCGGCUGAACCGUCAGAACGCCAACAGCCCCAGUACAGGAACYCGCAGCAAGUUCAGAGCGGUGGCGAUGGUGGCUCGCAGUCUUGGGCAACUCUCAGUUCAGAGUGUGCCCUCCUCCAGCGAGCAAAGUGUGAAGACUGGCAUGAAGUAUAGAAACCUUGGAAAGUCUGGCCUGCGGGUCUCCUGCCUUGGAUUAGGAACAUGGGUGACAUUCGGUGGACAGAUAACAGAUGAGAUGGCAGAGCAGCUGAUGACUCUGGCCUAUGAAAACGGCAUCAAUCUGUUUGACACAGCGGAGGUCUACGCUGCUGGGAAGGCAGAGGUGGUUCUCGGGAACAUCAUAAAGAAGAAAGGAUGGAGACGCUCCAGUCUGGUGAUAACAACGAAGAUCUUCUGGGGCGGAAAAGCCGAGACUGAAAGAGGUUUAUCUCGAAAACACAUUAUAGAAGGUCUAAAAGCUUCUUUAGAAAGACUGCAGCUAGACUACGUGGAUGUGGUUUUCGCCAACAGACCCGACCCCAACACGCCUAUGGAAGAAACUGUAAGAGCAAUGACCCAUGUGAUAAACCAAGGUAUGGCCAUGUACUGGGGAACAUCCCGCUGGAGCCCAAUGGAGAUUAUGGAGGCGUACUCCGUGGCGCGGCAGUUUAACCAGAUUCCUCCUAUAUGCGAGCAGGCAGAGUACCACAUGUUCCAGAGGGAGAAAGUGGAGGUGCAGCUGCCCGAGCUUUUCCAUAAGAUAGGUGUGGGCGCCAUGACUUGGUCUCCGCUGGCCUGUGGGAUCAUCUCAGGGAAAUACGACGGCAGGGUGCCUCCGUACUCUCGGGCGUCUCUGAAGGGCUACCAGUGGUUGAAGGACAAGAUCUUGAGCGAGGAGGGCCGGCGUCAGCAGGCGAAGUUGAAAGAGCUGCAGGCAAUCGCGGAGCGGCUGGGCUGCACACUGCCCCAACUCGCAAUCGCGUGGUGCCUACGGAACGAGGGGGUGAGCUCUGUCCUUUUAGGGGCGUCCAGCACCGACCAGCUGAUGGAGAACAUAGGAGCGAUCCAGGUUCUUCCAAAGUUGUCGUCGUCCAUCACCCACGAGGUGGACAGCAUCCUGGGGAACAAGCCGUACAGUAAAAAGGACUACCGCUCCUAACGGGCCCGACGGCCCCGCCCGGCAGGGCUGCACCCGGCCUGCAGCCGCAGCGCCCCACCUUUGCCUGAUCCUCUGUUUGCUUGAGCUUUUACUGAGUGAGACCCUGGCGCAUGAGUCUGGCCUCACCACGGCCACGCAGGGCACCUCAUUUAGAGUUACAGAGAUAAGAAAACGUGGGAAUAAAUGGAGUCGCCUCUACGGGACGGGACGGGAUUAACGGAGAAAAACAGAACAGUAAGAGAGGUUAGGGAUAUGCGCUCAUAAGUAAAUCAGUUAUACAUCCUAUUCAGCUGAACGUACUUUAAAAUCAUAGAGAAAAUUUAGGAAAAACAUCUUUUAAAACAAAUUAAAUAAGCACACGCUUGCUUGGCAGCCAGAUCUUUUUUUUUAUUUUUUUUAUCUUUUUCUAAAACUGAAUGCAACUAAAAAAAUAUAUAUAUAUAUAUAAAGUUGAUACUGUAUGAAUAUAUGAGAAUUGCUGUUGCAUAGCCAUGCAUUUGUUCCGGAGACGUUCUGUUUACAAACACGUGUGUACUGUAAAAGUCCGUCAAAGUUUCUCUGUAGGAACGUUUGUGUUGUCGACGUCAGCAGCCCCCUCGAGGGGUUCAACAAUCAGCACUUUAGUACUGUCGGUAACGCUGUUGGGGGGGUCGAUACAAAGAAGAGAGAGCAUGGGUAUUAGCAGUCUUAUGUCGCAACCAUUGCACUAUAGAUUCACGUCGCCUCUCCUCUUCCUCCGUUUUCCCACUGACAGUACGCUCUCGUCCAACCUGACGUAUCGAAGCUCCUGCUCUCCAACAGGAGCUGCACUCGUCUGCAUCACUGUGUCCCCGCACCCCCUCCCUGACCCCCCCACCCCACGGACCCGCCCCCGUCUUAUAGGCUGCACAGGGAGCGAUCACGUCUCACCAAAACCUGUCUUUGGUCAAGUUCUGUUCAAGUAUUUGCCUUAUUUCCAGUUGCAUCGUACUGUGCUUCGGGGCUUCAGCGUAGGUAGGCGGCCCUCCGCUUUGGCUGGCUGCCCACCCCCACACCCCCACCCACUGUGUCCCCAGCUAAGGCUCGACUGGUGGGAGUGGGAGGAAGGAGGCACGUGUCCAGUUAAUCAGUGGGCGGCAGCAGCUCAGGGAACGAAGAAGGUGGUUUCAUGUGUGCGUUGGUGUUUGGGAGGUUGCAACAAAAUAGUCUUUAGUGUUUAUUUCAUUGUUUUUUUUUUAUUUUUGGUUUUCUUUUUAGCAUGGCUCGAGCCAAAGAUCUUCUUCAUCUCUUUUUAGCUGACACACUUUCACUUCCUGCAAGGUUUUUGAGUCAUCUUUAAGCAUGUGCUGUCCGGCUCGGUAUACCUAUUUAUGGGAUGGACUCUACUUCAUAUUUAUCUCUACCCGACCAAACUCUUAAAGUGGUUAUCAAUACGCCCCUUCAUAUGCAGAAUGCGUUAAGUAGUGCGGCUCGGUGCUUCCGGGUCGGUACGGUUUGGUUAAAGCAGCAGACGACCCGAUCGCACAGACUCGGUGCAGAUGUCAUCGCUGUUUGUCCUUUGGGUGCUCUCUUACCGCGACUGAAGCACAAGCAGAUCGCAUGUGACACUUCUGCCAACGGGAGGAACAAGAUGACGCUUCUCAGCUUAGAAAACCGUGUACAUAAAUCUUUGCAGCUCAUAAACUGUUAACAGAAAACUACAAAAAAAAUAAAACAAACAGUGCAGAUUAAAAAAAAAAAAAAACUUUCACAUUAGCGAUAAUCAGAGAUGUUAGAGCUUCUCAGAUACAAUUGAGGGGAUAAUCAGAGUGGAUGAGAUGUAACUUUUUACUUUCUUUGAGUGUUUAGUAAACUGAUUUAAGGUGUGUGUGCGUGUGUGUGUGUGUGUGUGUGUGUGUGUGUGUGUGUGUGUGUGUGUGUGUGUGGCAGCAGGGGACAAAUAAUCUAACCCUGCUCUUUAGCCUGCAGUAAUAAUUGAUCCACGUUUUAGUCCACUUCGUCGUAUCUUCUGAGUAAAUAAAACAGGCGAAAGCCGGCGCUGUUUUCUCUGGAAAAAAAAACAACAAAAAAAAAGAAUAUUAAGUUGAUUUGUCUGUGGAGUUCCUCUGUCUUGAUGUUUUCAUCUGCAGGGAGCGGAGAAAAAGUCUGAGACUUUAAAAGGGAAAAAUGUGACAUUUCAGGAAAUUAAAGAAAAAACAAAAGAAAACAUUUAUUUUCUUUCUUGCUGAAAAGUGAGACUGACACCACUUUUAAUAUUUUCUGCUAAACUUGACCGUCAGCUUAGCCCAGCAUGAAGACCAGAUCCCAGCAGAGAACAGCUGGUUCAUUACAGAAGCAGAAAUUUACCUGCCAGCGUCAAUAAAGCUCCUUAAUUAACGCAUCAGUCUGUUUCAUCCACAGAAUAAAAGAGCACUAAAAACACUACCUGAAGUCUGAGGCUGUUGUUCAAGAUAAAUGUAAUAUUAUACAAGGCUGGGUCGUGUAAUAAAAUGUAAAAACAUCCUUUUCACAGGGUUCUACUCUCAGAAACUAAGGUCCAUUAAAAUAAGUCAAUCUGCAGAACCUCAGAUCUUUACCAAAGGGUGUCAAUAUUUUCUGCGUUUAUUCUCAGAACAGAGUUAAAGGAGGUGAGCGUGUUCUGAAUGUAGCUUCCUGCUCAGACAGAGCAAUAAAAUAUUACCAGAUGUUUGAUCAGAAAUUGUCAAGUUGCCCAAACGGAGAUCAGAAUCAUAAUCCAAAGUUCACACAUAGUUUAAUAAAAUUAUUUACAAGCACGACUCAAUAAAGUUUUACUGCACAAAUGUGCAGAGAGAGGGAUGAAUUGAUUCGGAGCCAUUUAAGACACCGGAUCUGAUCAAAACCAAACUCUAUAAAACGGGAAACUUGCAGCUUAAUGUGAGGCUGAGGGCUGUAAGGACGGGCUGCGACGUUUACAGUUCUCAGAACAAACCAGUAGAAACUAAAGGGCUUAUGCAGAUAAUUCUUGCAGUUCUGAUGGUUUACUUCAAUGGAGCCAACUAACUUCUAGGUGUGCAACUCUUUAGUAAGAAAUAAAUAAUGGGAGUGUUGAGUUUGUACAUUUUCCUGCAGCAAGCAAACUCCUGGAGGUCACUGGUCUGGUUUGCGCUUUUUUGAGCAGAGUCAGCAGAAAAUAUUAUUUUGCCUCAGGACUCCCUGAUUCUUUGUGAUGAAGUUGUUGUUUUUUUGCAUUGAGUUAGUGAAAACCCAAAUUUCAGAUUCAUUUUCCGAUCUUAUUCAUGGAGGGAGCCACAUUGAUGCACUUAUCAAAUCCUCUCCUUUGUAGGGAGUUAAUGAGCAUUAAUUGGGUUUUUUCCUAAUUAAUCUAAUCCAGUAGUUUCCUCAGUUUAGCAUAAUUUCCAGAGACUGGAGGUCACAGUGGUGUCCAUCUUCUUUUGCCAAGAACUAAAAUAAACACAUUUCAGUUGUUUUCCUUUGAACUGCAACGCUGUGCGUCUUAAUGGCCCAUCGCUGUUACCCCUACCUGUUCAUUGUCAGAAUAACUUCAUGUUUGAGGCCUGUGUAAGUGUGUGUGUGUAAGUGUGUGUGUGGUACCCCCAUCUGUGCAGGGAAAAUUAAUGCUUUAAGUGUUCCUAGUUUGAUCAUGUUUCCUGUUCUGACAGUAUGUAAAAGAUCCAUGAAUGGACGGAGCUUAGGUCAAACAGAGAAUAUAUUUUUAUGUUUUAGCCUUUAACGCCAUAGAGAAAGCUAUAAGAGCUGUUAUUUUUAUUUUCCAUCAUGCUGCAUUAUGCUGUCAGUAUUGUAUGGAGUUAAAAAAAAAAAAAAAAAAACUGACCAAAACAAAGAAUUUGUGGCAUUUUGAAGAAUGCUCCAGUGCAGCAUCGUACUGAAUUCACUCUGAAGACGACGCAGUGGGAGCCUGGUACCUUCUGUACAUACUCUGACCUUUGUGUACAUACUUCUGGUUGUGAUCACCUCUGCCUUUUUCUCUUUUUAUUUAGAGUUUUUCUUUUUCGCAGGYGUUGCUAUCUGCACUGUGCUUGAAUCUGAAACUUAGACAGGAUGUACAGCUUUGAUCUUUAAACGAAGUAAUGAUAAAAAGAUAAGAAUGGGAAACCAA